CCCUCGUCUGCCCUCCCGGACUAUCAGAGAGCCUGAAUACCUGCAGGACAUGCUCUCCAUGUCUGUUUCCUAACCCCAACCAUCAGGCUCACAUAGAUGCACAGAUCCUCUGAACUAACCAAACAAAACAAAACUACAAAAAACCAGCCGCCGCCCGUCUUUCUGCACGCACACCGAUGCCUGUAUGAAACCGCUCGAGUCCAGAGGCUGACGUUGCGGACAAACGCAAACGAGGCGAGCUGAGUGGGGUCCAGCUCAGCCGUAUGUCAAACUGUUCACGCGUUGGCGCGUCCUUAGUCUUAGAUCAUUUUUUCGACUUUGUCUUUUUUUGUUGAUGAAAGAAAAACGUCAAGAUUGGGCGAAGAAAGUUUUUGAAAUUGAGGUCUGAAGCGUCCGAGCCCAUAGGAAAAUUAGCUUCACAGUCGUCCGAUUGAGUGAAAAAAGGGCGUUCACGCGAAGCGUCCGCAUUACUUUCUCUUUCCCACUCAGUGUUUCCUUUGGCCCCUGACCUCUGGUGAGGAUGUGGGAGUUCAGGUCGAUGUCGUUUUGGCGGGCGGUGUUCGCGGAGUUCUUCGGCACCAUGUUCUUCGUGUUUUUCGGGCUGGGCGCGGCCCUGCGCUGGACGGCGGGCCCGCACCACGUCCUGCACGUGGCCUUCUGCUUCGGGCUGGCGGCCGCCACGCUCAUCCAGUCCAUUGGCCACAUCAGCGGCGGCCACAUCAACCCGGCCGUCACCUUCGCCUACCUGAUCGGCUCGCAGAUGUCCCUGUUCCGCGCCGUCUUCUACAUGGCGGCCCAGCUGCUGGGGGCGAUGGCGGGCGCCGCCGUCCUCUACGGGGUCACGCCCCACAACAUGCGGGGCACGCUGGCGCUCAACACGCUACAGCCAGGCGUUAGCCUGGGCAUGGCCACCACCGUGGAGGUCUUCCUCACGCUGCAGCUGGUGGUCUGCGUCUUUGCCGUGACUGACGAUCGCCGCAACGGCCGACUGGGCUCUGCAGCCCUGGCCAUCGGCUUCUCCGUCACCAUUGGCCACCUGAUGGGGAUGUACUACACUGGAGCUGGGAUGAACCCUGCCAGGUCUUUCGCCCCAGCUGUGAUGGUCAGAAACUUUGUGAAUCACUGGGUGUACUGGGUGGGUCCCAUGAUUGGAGGUGCCAUGGGCGCGCUGUUGUACGACUUCAUGCUCUUCCCUCGCAUGCGGGGUCUGUCCGAAAGACUGGCCACCCUGAAGGGCAGCAGGCCCCCGGAGUCCGAGAGCCAGCAGGACCCCCGCGGUGACCCCAUCGAGCUGAAGACCCAAGCCCUAUAAAGCUAGGGAACCCCCCUUUUACCUCCCCACCUGCCCCAACACACACAUGCAGAUUACUAAUACAUAUACACGCAUUGCUAACACACACAUGCAGAUUACUAAUACAUUUACACGCAUUGCUAACACACACAUACACAUUACUAAUACAUGUACACACAUUGCUAACACACACAUGCGCGUUACUAAGACACACAGAUUGCUAACACACAUGCACAACAGUAACAUGAACUAACCACAAGCAUACACGUGCCCUAACACACAAACACACACAACCACUACUAAUGCACCACUAACAAGCACAAACACACCACUAACACACACGUCCACAAAACAGUACUCCUUGUCCCACGACCUGCUUGCAAUUCAAACUGGACAUUUUGAAACGGGGGCAAUGAGUACCCACUCCGCCGCCUGCCUCCCCUCUUCUCCAACCCCCUCCACUGUGCCCUGUCAGAGAUGGCAGGACAGUGAAAUCAGACUGCAGCAGAGGCCUGGGCCGCAAGGUGGGCAGGCUAGACCUGGCUGGGCCAAUCAGACCCAGGGCCCCUCUCUCUCACCUGUAGUCUCAUAGGAGUGAACUAGAGCAGUGGACUUGAAUUCAUGCUUUUUUCAUUUUUUCCCCCCUUUCAUAUGUUUUAACCUCUUUCCUUUUUUGUUUUAUUUAUUUUCUGCACUUCCAAUUCAUGAAAUGGAUGUAUGGUACUAUUAGAAUUUGCUAGGAUUUUAUUCUCAAGUUGAAUUUGAUUUUUGUGUUUGUGUGUGUGUAUGUGUGUACGUGCGUGCAUGCCUAUGUUGUGUGUGCAUGCAUGCCGAUGUGUGUGCAUGUGUUUGAAUGCAUGUGUGUGUGUUUGUGUGUGCAUGUAAAUGCAUGUGUGUGUUUGUGUGUAUGUGAAUGCAUUUGUGUUUGUGUGUGUGUGUAUGUGUGUGUGCGAGCAUGUGUGCCUGAAUGUGUGUGCAUGUGAAUGCGUGUGUGUGUGUGUGUGUGUGUGUGCGCGCAUGUGUGUGCCUGAAUGUGUGUGAAUGUGAAUGUGUGUGUGCCUGAAUGUGUGUGCAUGUGAGUGCUUGUGUGUGUGUGCAUGUGUGUGCCUGAAUGUGUGUGCAUGUAAAUGCUUGUGUAUGUGUGUGUGUGUGUGUGUGCGCAUGUUUGUUUUUACUGAUUCUUUCAUUUAGGAUGUUUCACUGCCACUUGCCUGUGUUUGUACAAUGCUUAUGUUUAAUUCAUCAGUUUAUCCUGAACAAUAAACUCAUGAAUUAUCCCA